AUUUUGUUGUAGUAGAUGCCUGAGGAAGGAUGGUUCCUCGAUCACACUUUAGAGGAUGUGAUCAGUGAAGAGGUUUCUAUACCUCAUCGAGUUAGUUCAAAACUGGUGAAAUUAUUCGCUGAUGGAAAUGAAGUUGCGUACAUCGCACGAUAUCGAGCCGAUGCUCAUGAAGGGAUGUCGUGUGACCAAAUUCGGCAAUCUUUCAAGGUUUUCAAUGAAACUAAGGAGCUCAAUAAGAAAGUAGAAAAGGCAAUUGCAAAUGUUUCGACAAAGAUCAAGUCCGAAAGCGAUCUCAAAGUUGCUUUGGAGCGACUCAAGUCUGCCAGAGAAUCGGCUGAUGUUACUGAAGUCACCCAACUGUAUGCAAGUGCUAGGAAGACCAAAGCUUCCAUAGCUCGCGAAUUGGGUUUGGAGGAAGUUGCACAAGCAAUAAUGGAAGGUGGUACCAUCCAUCUAGAUCGCUUUGUCGGUUCAAAGCCUGAGCUGAAAAACUUGAAAAUCGUGGAAGAGAACAUUGCGAAUGCCAUGGCUGAUAUGCUGAACAAAAUGCAAGAGACGCAGGAUGCAAUCAAAAGAAUCACAAAAUUGGAAACGAACGUUUUUCUCUCCGUUUGCUCUGAAUUAUCCAACAAGGCAAAGAAGUGGACGGAAAAUGACAAAUCAUACCGACUGAUCUCAAAUUUUAACGAUUAUCUGAACUUCAAGAAGGAUGCUAGAAAAGUGGAGAACUAUCAAAUACUUGCCAUGGACAGAGGAGAGGAAAAUGAGGUGCUUACUUGGAAAAUUGAAGUAGCUUAUGCUGAAAAGGAGCAUCCAGGAAAUGGAGUGCGAGUUGCAUCGGCACAUCGUGAACUAUUCCAAACUGCUCUUCGAGAUUCAAUAAAUCGAUUGUUCAUUCCGAAAAUUCAGCGAACGCUGCGGCGACUUCUUCUGGCUCGCGCUGAAGAAGCAGCGAUCUCAUGCUUUGCCCACAAUUUGAGACAUUUGUUCUGGCGCGAAGGAGUAAAAGCUGAAAGCAUCAUCGCUUUGGAUCCUGGAUAUUCUGCUUGCAAAGCUGCUCUACUCACUUCUACUGGAGCUGUCGUGCAAACGGCAGAAUUCGGACUGAAUGGGAAAAUGUUUGAUCAACGUGGCGAAAAUCUUCUGAAGGAUUGGGUCAAUAGAGCCGGUGAUGGUCGCGUUGUCAUUGCUAUUGGAAAUGGGAAAGCAUCUCUGGAAACUCAAAUGGCCGUUGCUACGAUGAUACGCUUUGGAAAGUUUGGGGCACAUGUGGUUAGGUUUUGUACUGUGCCAGAAAAUGGAGCUUCGAAGUACAGUAUCACUCCACUAGCUGAAGAGGAUUUGCCAAAUAUGCCUCCGACGCAACGAAGCGCUGUGUCGAUUGGUCGAAGAUUGAUUGAUCCGAUGGCAGAAUAUGUGAAAAUUGAACCAAAACAUCUUGGAAUGGGAAUGUAUCAGCACUCAGUAAAUGCCAAGAAAUUAUCUGAAGCCCUCGAACUGGUUGUAAGAGAAUGCGUUUCAUUGAGAGGUGUUGACGUGAACGUCGCAUCUGUUCAACUUCUUGAAAAAGUCAGUGGUUUGAAUAAGAAAACAGCUGCUGGUGUGGUUGCGCUUCGGGAACAAAAUGGAAGAAUCAGUUCUAGAGAGGAAAUCAAAGCGGUGAAGGGACUGGGAGCAAAGUCUUUUGAACAAUGUGCUGGCUUUCUUAUCGUAAGACAGAAUUCUGAAAAUGGUUCUGGUCUUGAUGGUCCGAAGAAGAAAAAGAAGAAAGUGUCUAGCGAACCACUGGAUCAGACUAUUAUCCAUCCAUCACAGUACUCGAUCGCAAAAAGCUUGCUGUCGAGGAUUGGCUUGACGCCGCAGGAUUUACCAUAUCAAGGACUGAUGAGCAAGCUCCAGAAUCUUACUGACCUAACACCUGAUGAAUCAGCUGUGCGGGAUCUGUUCUGCACUGAAAUCAAAACGCUACCUCCUCCCGAGCUGAUGGUUGAAAUUCGCAAAAUCAACUCGUUCAAAGUAGGAGAACAAGUGGUUGGACGAGUUGCGAACCAAGUCGAAUUUGGAGUAUUCGUUGAUAUUGGCGCCGAGAAAAGUGCCUUAGCUCAUCGUAGCAACCUCAGACAACCAUAUCCCGAAGUUGGGUCCAGCCUCAUGUUCACUAUUGUGAGUGUUGAUGUCCAAAAAGGAAGAAUUAGUGUGAAACCGGUGGAUUAGUAUCAUCACUUCGAGGGAUGUAUGUUGUUAUAUUUUUGCACCUGACUCUCUUAUCACUUACUUUUUCUCAU